AUGUCUGAGGCGGGCGGUGCGGCGGCGGCCGCGCUGCCCCGGCGCCGCUCCGGAGGCAUGCGGGCGGCCUGGGGCUCCGUCUGGUGCCUGUGCCUGGCGGCGGCCGUCGGCGGGAUGCCGGCGGCGCGGCGGCAAGGCAGCAAGGCGGUGGCGGCGGCAGAGAGGAGCGGCGGGCAGCCGGCAGAAUACUUGAGGAGCGAGACCGCCUUUCUGGAAGAGUUGGUGUUUGGAAAUGGAGAUACCAUUGAACUUUCCUGUAACACCCAAGGCUCUUCUGUGUCUGUUUUCUGGUUUAAAGAUGGUAUUGGAAUUGCACCUACCAACAGAACUCAUAUUGGACAAAAACUGUUGAAGAUAAUCAAUGUAUCAUAUGAUGACUCAGGGCUGUACAGUUGCAAGCCAAGGCAUUCCAACGAGGUCCUGGGAAACUUUACAGUCAGAGUUACAGAUUCCCCUUCGUCAGGUGAUGAUGAGGAUGACGAUGAUGAGUCAGAAGAUACAGGUGUCCCCUUCUGGACCCGGCCAGAUAAGAUGGAGAAGAAGCUGCUGGCAGUUCCUGCCGCCAACACCGUUCGCUUCCGAUGUCCGGCGGGUGGAAACCCAACUCCUUCCAUCUACUGGCUGAAAAAUGGCAAGGAGUUCAAAGGGGAGCACAGGAUUGGGGGCAUUAAGCUGCGACACCAGCAGUGGAGCCUGGUGAUGGAGAGCGUUGUGCCGUCAGACCGAGGGAAUUACACCUGCGUUGUGGAGAACAAAUAUGGCAACAUCAGGCACACCUACCAGCUGGAUGUGCUAGAAAGGUCGCCCCACCGACCAAUCCUGCAAGCAGGGCUCCCUGCCAACCAGACUGUGGUGGUAGGGAGCAAUGUGGAAUUUCACUGCAAGGUCUACAGCGAUGCCCAGCCUCACAUCCAGUGGCUGAAACACGUGGAAGUCAAUGGCAGCAAAUAUGGACCCGAUGGAACCCCGUAUGUCACAGUGCUGAAGACGGCAGGUGUUAACACAACGGAUAAGGAGCUAGAGAUUCUGUACUUGCGAAAUGUUACUUUUGAGGAUGCUGGGGAAUAUACUUGUCUCGCAGGGAAUUCUAUUGGGUUCUCACAUCACUCUGCUUGGCUGACGGUGCUACCAGCUGAGGAGCUCAUGGAGAUGGAUGAUUCGGGCUCAGUGUACACUGGCAUUCUCAGUUAUGGCACUGGCUUUUUCCUCCUUCUCCUGGUGCUGGUCUUGGUGAUUGUCUGGAGGAUGAAAAUGCCAAACAAAAAAGCCAUGAACACCCCCACUGUUCAGAAAGUCUCCAAAUUCCCACUCAAGAGACAGCAGGUGUCGCUGGAGUCCAACUCUUCCAUGAAUUCCAACACGCCCCUGGUCCGGAUCACGCGCCUCUCCUCCAGCGACGGGCCAAUGCUGGCCAACGUUUCCGAGCUGGAACUACCUCCAGAUCCCAAGUGGGAAUUGACACGGUCUCGCCUGACCCUGGGGAAGCCGCUUGGCGAGGGGUGUUUUGGCCAAGUGGUGAUGGCAGAAGCAAUUGGGAUUGAUAAGGACAAGCCAAACAAAGCCAUCACAGUUGCUGUCAAGAUGUUAAAAGAUGAUGCCACAGACAAAGACCUUUCUGACCUGGUCUCUGAGAUGGAAAUGAUGAAAAUGAUUGGGAAGCACAAAAACAUUAUUAACCUCCUCGGUGCCUGCACGCAGGAUGGACCACUCUAUGUGUUGGUGGAAUAUGCGUCAAAGGGGAACUUGCGGGAAUACCUCAGGGCACGUCGCCCACCUGGCAUGGACUAUUCCUUUGACACCUGCAAGCUGCCCGAGGAGCAGCUGACGUUUAAGGACCUGGUUUCCUGCGCCUACCAGGUGGCACGGGGCAUGGAGUACUUGGCAUCUCAGAAAUGCAUUCAUCGCGACUUGGCAGCCAGGAACGUGUUAGUCACUGAAGAUAAUGUGAUGAAAAUAGCUGAUUUUGGCCUCGCCAGAGACGUUCACAACAUUGACUAUUACAAGAAAACCACCAAUGGUCGGCUGCCUGUGAAAUGGAUGGCUCCAGAAGCCUUGUUUGACCGGGUCUAUACUCACCAGAGCGAUGUCUGGUCUUUUGGAGUGCUACUAUGGGAGAUCUUCACUUUGGGAGGGUCUCCAUACCCAGGAAUUCCCGUUGAGGAACUCUUCAAGCUCUUGAAGGAAGGGCAUCGGAUGGACAAACCUGCAAACUGCACCCAUGAUUUGUACAUGAUCAUGCGGGAGUGCUGGCACGCCGUCCCCUCGCAGCGACCCACCUUCAAGCAGCUGGUGGAAGACCUGGACAGGGUCCUCACUGUGACAUCCACCGAUGAGUACCUGGACCUCUCGGUGCCCUUCGAGCAGUACUCGCCGGCCGGCCAGGACACCCACAGCACCUGCUCCUCAGGGGACGACUCGGUCUUUGCACAUGACCUGCUGCCCGAUGAGCCCUGCCUGCCCAAGCACCCGCCCUGCAACGGCGUCAUCCGGACGUGAGGACCCCCAGGGCACACGGACAGAC